AUUUGCAGUGCCAGUUUCAUACAUUCAUAGAUUUAUUUUUGAACCUGUGUGGGUACCAUAUACCUACCUAAAUCCAUUGUUUAUUCGUUUUCUUAUCCUUCGUAGUUCGUUAAUUUUUGAUACUUGUCCCUCUUUCAGUCUUUCGGCUGUUUGAAAUUUUUUUAAUCUUAUUACAAAUUACAAUAGUUACAGAUUCUUGACUUCUGUGGUAUAAUAUUCAUAAUAGUUUCAAUUCAAGCUCGCCACUUCAAAAAUGGCGUCUGGAUCCAAGUCUUUGAAGAGAAAGUCCAACGGUCCAGAUUCAUAUACCGAUGAAGUAUGGAAACGUACAAAAGGAACUGUUGACAAAAAAUUGGAGCGUGCCGAGCCUUUCAGAAUAUUUAUGUCCCCGAUAGAAUGCGAUCCAGGUACUCACAUUGAAGAAUCAACACUUUCGUUUCCAGAACUCUUGGACCAAAGUCUUGGUGAGUUGACUGAAUCACUUCAUAUAAACUUCGUGGUCGAGCUCGGCUGGUUACUCGCUCAAUAUUUUAUAACUGGUCAUAGGGGCAAAAAAAUUACACUAUUAUAUGAACAAUGUGAUGAAAAUUUAAUUGAAUUAGAUUUAAAAAAGAAGAUACCUCAUAUUAAACAUAAAAAAAUAAUUAAUGCUAAUGCUUUUGGUCAUCAGCAUAGCAAAGUAUCAAUGUUUGCUUAUGCUGAUGGUAGUUUACGAGUUGUAGUUAUGUCUGCCAAUUUGCGUGAAGAUGAUUGGACCAAAUUCACUCAAGGGAUUUGGGUAAGCCCAAAAUUUCCAUUAAAAAAGGAGGAUAAUACGUCAGACGGUAAUUCAAAAACUAAUUUUAAAAUAGAUAUUUUACGAUAUUUAAAAUCUUUUGAUGAACAAUCAUUAAGUCAAUGGAUAGAAAAAAUUGAAAAAGUUGAUUUCAGUCAAGCAAAUGUUCCAGGCAAGCACCAAGAACAGUUAUGGGGUCAUUUAUAUUUGAAAAGUAUUUUAGAAAAAUAUGCUUAUCUACCAAUGGGUGUUCCAUCAGAUUGGCCUAUAAUAGCUCAAUGUUCUUCUUUGGGUUCUUUGGGUACUUCAGACAAAGAAUGGUUGAAAUCAGAGUUUAUCAAAAGUCUAUCAGCUGCUAAUUGUUAUGAUCCUUCAAAAAUAGACAAAUAUGAGAUUCCCUUCAACCUGAUUUACCCGACUAUAAAAAAUGUGUUGAAUAGUUGGAAUGGACCAAUGGAUGGUAUGUGUUUGACUUACAGUAACCAAACACACCAAAAACAAUUGUGGCUUAAAGAAUUCAUGUGCUUGUGGCAGUGCCAUUCACGAAAACGAACAAAGGCCAUGCCUCAUAUAAAAACCUAUUGCCGAAUUUCACCAUGUUGUACAAAAAUGUCUUGGUUUUUGUUAACUAGCGCUAAUUUAUCAAAAGCUGCUUGGGGCAGAAGAAUUAAUUUAAAAGGUCAAAAAGAUCAGGGUAACUACAUAAUGGCACAAGAAGCUGGAGUUUUAUUCUUGCCUAAAUUUGUGACUGAAUCUCAUACAUUUUCUAUAUUUGAAACCGAAGAUAGUAAAUUACCAUAUUUCUCUUUACCUUUUGACUUGCCAUUAACUAAAUACGACAUCAAUGAUUGUCCUUGGAGUAUACAAUUGUAAUAGGUACAUUAUAAAUUAGUUUUUACACUUUAAUAUAAUGAAAUAAUGUAUAGUUUCCUAAAUUAAUAUAAUCAUUUUUUUUAAUGUUCUUAUAUACCUUGUAAUAUUUAAAUAAUAUGAAUUUUUUAAUUUUAUAUUCACCACAGAAUGAUUUUUCAAUAGAAAAUUAUUAUUUAUAUCGUGUAUAAUUUUAAAAUACAACAGUUUCCAAUUAUAGUUAA